AUUAAAAACGUCAACUGCACGCGUGCGGCAUUAACAAAAACAAAAUUUCUAAAACAUCACAGCUGCAGUUGAAUAAACAUAUUGGUAUGUUUCUUGAUAUUGCAUUAUUAGUGAAGAAGGUUGUUUUUAAAAAAUGAUUCGAAGCACACACGUGAGGAAACUAUUGUACGUACCUGAAUUUUGUCGCAUAAACUAUCUUCAAAUACCAUUGCUAGCACGAUCUUGUUCAAUCGAGAAGAAAUCGAAACCUCAGCCUUCUAACACUCGGAAGCAACAAAUUGAGCGAAUUAAAGAUAAAAUUCAUUACAGUUCCUAUGUGCAAGAAAACACGCUUCGGUUGGGCUACCGGAGAAACAAAAUCUUUGCGCAACAACUAGAGAAGAUUGAAAGAAAUAAAGCGCGCGAGCGCGUCUCGGUACAGGCAUUUCCUGUGGCACUGCAGCACGUGUAUGGGGAGAGUUUAAAUGAAACAAAGGAAGAAGAAGCUGUUAGUGAUUCUGACGAUCCAGUAAACUAUCUGCCUUACGAACAUUUGCAAGUAAAAAUUGAACGAAGCGCAAAUAAUGACGGCAAAAUGUUGGACCAAGCACCGACAACCGGAGAGUGGAUGUCUGACUAUGAAUACUAUGAGGAAAACGAAGAUGAUGACCGAACGUCGCUUUACGGCACUCCAGAUCCUAGGGAACCGGUGUCAAAAGUCGCCUGCGGGGGCUGCGGAGCUCUACUACAGUGCGCUGAGCCGAGUAUUCCAGGUUAUCUGCCGAGUCAACUAUUCAAGCGGUUGAGCAAGCAACAGUUAGCAACGACUAUUUGCCAAAGGUGCCACUUUUUGAAAACCUACAAUACGGCUAUCAAUGUAACUGUUUCUCCAGAGGAUUAUGUGGACAUGAUUGCACGUAUAAAAGACAACAAAGCGUUGGCUUUAUUGAUGGUAGACUUACUGGAUUUUCCGUGCUCCAUUUGGCCUGGCUUGUCAGAUAUCCUAGGUCCAUCUCGUUCGGUGAUAGUAGUGGGAAACAAGGUCGAUCUUUUACCAAAGGAUUGCCCUGGAUAUUUGGACAAUAUUCGCAAUAAUCUGGCGAAAUCUGUUAUUGAUGCGGGAUUCGAUAAGAACAACAUUAAGCAUGUUGCCCUGAUUUCGGCCACCAGCGGAUUUGGAGUAGAGCAGUUGAUCACAAAAUUGCAUAACAUUUGGGGUAAUCGUGGGGAUGUCUAUCUUGUUGGUUGUACGAAUGUUGGCAAAAGUUCAUUAUUUAACGCACUUUUACGAUCGGAUUUGUGCAAAGUUCAAGCUCGGGACCUGAUACAGCGAGCCACCGCUUGUCCUUGGCCAGGGACUACUUUGCGCAUGUUGAAAUUUCCGAUCCUAAGACCAUCGGACUACCGGCUUUAUUUACGUACAAAAAGACUGCUUUCAGAAAAAUUGCAACAAAUACAGGAAGAAAAAAUGCGGAAACAUCAAGCGAGAAAUACUGGCUUGGUCCAACAUGCUACCCUAAUAGGUCACAUUGGGUGCACGUUCCCAAAUGCAAAUGAAACCCAAGAGCCAAAGGACCGUUUUUCCGUUAGUCAACGAAGCUCAGGAGCUCCACCUAUUUUGACUUUGAACGAAAAAAGUGAUAUCUAUAUAAACAGUAAAUGGUGCUAUGAUACACCGGGUGUAGUACAACCAGACCAAAUUACGAAUCUACUUACCACGGACGAGUUAUUGCAAGUGCUACCGAAACAAAUGAUUCGUCCCCGAGCGUAUCUCCUGAAGACGGGAAUGACUCUGUUUCUGGGAGGAAUAGGUCGACUAGACUAUCUAGAUGGACUUCCCGCGACUCGUAUCUUGUUGUACUCAACGCCCAAUCUACCCGUCACCAUUUGUGAUACAGAGCAUGCUGAUGAAGUCUAUCAAACACUGCUAGGUACGGAAUAUUUUCGAGUGCCAGGACCAGACCCUGAGAGGCUUGCCAAGUGGCCACAACUGCAAGCAUCUACUACGGAUAUCUUGUUGAGCGGUGUGGGGAAACAUUUAUCCGUUGCAGAUAUUUUACUCUCAUCUGCCGGAUGGGUUUCCAUCAAUUUACCAGUUGACGUUGAAGGGAUCUUUCGUGCUUGGACACCAGAACGGAGAGGAAUCUAUGUGCGGCAGCCAGCAUUGCUUCCGCAUGGUAUGGUCUUGAAGGGGAAGCGAAUACGAGGCACGCUAGCGUACGCCUUGGGCGACGCGUUUGUGAAACGGUAGGACAGUAUUUAAUUUAUUGUUUACUUAAAUAAACAUUCGGAUAAUAAAGGUUGACGUUUUCAACACAAGUUAUAGAUCCAAAAGUAACAUGGAACAUUAAAAAGUUUUCAAGACUGUCGAACUGACUCGAAAAGCAAUUCAGAUAAAUGAGUGACUGGAAAGUGAUAGAUAAUGGUUGAUAAGAAUAAUUUUGUUCGGUAAUUUCCAAAACUGAUCAGAUAAGAGUCCAGGAUGCAUUGUAAAUGCGAACUGAAAUUUUUGUUAAGUUGGUGUUCAAUGAAACGGGAAUCACAUCA